GUAACCGACGAUCAUGUUGCAUACCAACCUUGACAAUCUCAUCCAUUGUUUCAACAUUUGUUUCUGAGUGUGAUUCAGAUACAAAUACACGUUCAACAUAUCCUCAGACAGCUCACAUUCGACAGAAGUUGAAUAGUCGAGGAGAACCACAAAUUGGUAUCGCACACAACAACAUUCUUGGUGG